CUCAUUGUCUUGCUGCCUCAACAGCCAGAUCAGAUCUGUACAAGCCUGGAGGCCGUCCAGGAUGAAAUCGUCGACGUUCACAAUGCGUUUCGGAGAGCGGUCGUUCCGACCGCCAGCAACAUGCUUAAGAUGAACUGGAGUGAGGAAGUGGCCACAUCGGCUCAGGAUUGGGCGAACACCUGCGCGAUGGCGCACGGCCCACCCAGCAGCCGCAUGCUCGGAUCAUAUCAAAUGGGUGAAAACCUGUUCAAAAGCUCCGAGCUGUUGCCGUGGACUGAUGUCGUGACAGCAUGGCACAACGAAGUGGCCAAUUACAACUAUCCCACAGGGUCCGCCAACGGGAAAUCCAUCGGCCACUACACACAGGUGAUCUGGUUCAGCUCGUAUGAGGUCGGCUGCGGUGUGGCGAAGUGCGGGAAUGACUAUUUCUACGACUGCCAAUACUAUCGAGCAGGGAAUUACAGAAGAGUGCCACCGUACUCACUGGGAGAACCCUGCUCGGCCUGUCCGCAAGCUUGUGAGGACAAACUAUGCACCAAUCCUUGCCCUUACGUCAACACGUUCGCCAAUUGCCCCGCCUUGAAAAAACAGGGCCCGUGUAGCGACUACCUGCAAAAAUGGUGCUCGGCUCAGUGCUUCUGUACCACCGAGAUCGUUCCUACUAAUUAGAAAAGGAUGACAGGAACUGCUGCGAUUAUCUAGGCUGCGUUACAAAUCUCCGAAACUCGCAGACUUCCCCUCAUCGUUUCCUCUGAAGCAAUCGAGACAUCGAUAUACUUUAUUGAAUUCUAUAACAGACUGUGUGAUAACGUGUUCUCCAUGAAGAUCCUCUAACUAUACAUAAACCUAUCUUUAGCGUUAAAAUGUGAUCUUCGGCAGUGUACAAUAUAUAUUUUGUAAGAAAUUCUGGCUUAACUUUGAAACUUUCAUUGAUAUCUUGGUCUACUUUGCUUAAUGGCUUCCGAUGUUACACACAACGCAGUUCGACUACCUACUGAUAUUUGUGCAGUGGGAUUUAACCCUCGCGUCAUCUCUACCUAAAGGGAGCGAUGCAGCGGCACUUUAGUCCUUUAGUCUGUCCAGCUCUGUCGCUUCUUCAUCUGUACACUCUGCUCAAACAGCUCAGCUUCCAAAAGCUUCAGCUUUCAUGCUCAUACCACCAUCAAUGCUAUCAUGCUCUUCAUCUGGGUGGAGUUUUCCUUUAAGUCCUUGAUUCCAAACUAAGACUACAGGUGGUCCAGAAAUGAUAUCGGUUUUCCAGGCCACUCAGUCGAAAUAAUACAUGUGAGUCGUACAAUUGAAACAGAAUGCAGCGGAGUCGAUGUAAAUGAUGCGAAUGCAAAUUGCGAAUGCAAAAAAACAAUGAUUUCCUUCAAAUGUGUCGAAGGAUGGAAAUGUGGCGUAAGUAAUUAUAUGCAAGAACAUUUUGUUCAACGUGAAGUGGGUUAUUACUGUGUAAUUGGGGUAUAAUAAUAUAUUGUACUACAGCAGAUAUCCAGCAGAUGGCGGUAUUGCGCAAUAAUAGUUCUCAGGGGUUCAUUACUGUAAACAUUUGAUGACUGUUGUCUUUUUGGUUGCUUACUUCAUUCCUUUCUUAUAUUAAACUGUGACUCUACUGACAAAAAUGCAUGUUGUAUGAACGUUUCGUUUUGACUGGACCUGGAAAAUAAGUGCCCUCGCACUGAGACUUUAUAUCCAUAUUUAGAAACAGAAGAAAUAUUGAAGUGUGUUAAAUUUUUCCACAAUAUUUACCUCACAUUUUAAAUCUUUGCGGUCAUUAAGGGUAUUUUUUUAUGUUCUAAGGGGUUCACAAACUUUUUGCAGCCCCCUUUAGUGUAAAGAAUUAGCCAGUCCACCUUAUGAUUGUAGUGAAUUUUCUGAAUAUAGUUAAACUAUUAGAAAAAUAUGUACAUUAGACACAUAUGUACGUUCAAACAUAUUUAUUCCAAGCCCUGUUAUAAAUGUGCGUAAAAAUCACAAACAUCCUUUUUUUUUUUUUGCGUUGUUUAUUCAAAAUGUGGUUGGAUAUAUGUAUUAUUUAUGUAUAUAUAUUACACUUUAUAUUAAGAAAUGAACAACUUCAUUUUUGGCGUACUUUUAAAUCCAUUUACUGUAACUAGGCUCAUACCUAUAAAAACGAAUUAAAAUGUGGUAAAAUGUGACUAAAUAAAAUGGUGAUCUGCA